UAAAGGCAAAAAAAUGCAACAAGAAGAAAGUCAGGAAAAAGCCCAACAGUUGCUAAAUUUCCAAUCGGAUGAUCUGCUGGAAAAACUAAAAUUACUCAACUACGAGAAACACCUGCUGAAGGAAUUCAAAUUGAAGCCCCUGUCACGGUUCUAUUUCGUAAAGGCCACAAAUCCGGGGGAGCAGUUCUAUAUGUUUACCCUGAUCUGUUGGUGGCUUUGCAAGAAGCUAGGGAAGGAUAUGGAAAGGCCACAGGAGUACGACGAUCCAAACACAGUGGCGGCUAAGAUUAUACAGAUCUUAGAGCAAAUUGAUGUGCCUGUGGAUUUUCAACCCAACAAACUGAUCCGAGGAGCAGGACCCAUUUGCCUAAUGGUUCUGGACGUUCUGUCCACCCAGGCCUGCAAAGUGGCCAAGGUGGCCUACCAAAAGCUACACAUCGCCCAGGAGGAGGAGUUUUUGGGUGACUACCUCGAGGAUAACGCCGAGAUAAUUCUGGAAAAACUAGAGGACGAACAGAAUGCAGCUGCUCCCAGUGAUGAUAGUGACAUGGAGCUGGAGACCCACAAUUUCCGGCAACUCAACUGGCUGAAUCGUCCCCAGAAGAGGUCCAUUGGAGACGUGAAUCUGGACGAACGAAAUUGCGAGCUGGAUGCCAGGAUGACCGAUCACCAGGAGUGGCGACUCGAACUGGAGAGAGUCCUGCCGCACUUGAAAGUUUUCGUGAAAGCCGAUGCCCGCGACUGGAGGACUCACAUCAGCCAGAUGGAAACCUUCAGAGCCGCCAUAGAUGAGGUUUCGGAAACCACUCAGGCCCAGUUGAAGAAACUCCACAACGAGUUUACCUUUGAUUUGGAAAAAAUCGAAAGUCGGGAGAAGCAUCUGAACAACGAGCUGCAGCCACUGAUCCAGCAGUUCAAGGAGCAGUCCAUUGAACUGUCUUCGAUCCAGUAUGCCCAAAAUCAAGUCCAGGAGGAAACGGAGAAGCAGACGACCCAGCUCAACGAGGUCAUGUUGGAGCAGGAGCUGAAAAAGGAGGAGAUGGAGCGACGGGGUCAGGUCAUGUCAGAUGGAAGUUCGGUGCAACAGAUCAAGAAAUCGAUCGCCAAGCUAAAGGAGGACAUUGCGCAACUGAAUCUGGAGGUGGCGUUGCUGGUGCAUGCCCACGACCAGGACAUUGUGGUGCGACAGUUGAGCCGAGACCAAACCACCGACCUGGCAAACAAUCCAUAAAACCAAAACCAACCUGAUAACGAACUACUUAGCAUGCCAUAUACAUACGAUGUGGUAUGUGAGGAUAUGGACGAACAGGCAGCUGGGUUGGGAUGUCCCAGCCCGAUCUUUUCACACCUCGUAAAUGGGUGUGCGACUGCUCUCGUUUACACCCGAUCGGUAAGAGAUAGGAUCACUGAGGGAAAUAAUAUUGAGUGAUGUAAUUACAAAGUUUAAAAAUUGUUUGG